AUGGCAACAUUCCUUCCUGGUAUAUCGGCUACUGUUUGGAUCAAUGGAUGCAAUGCCAAUACUUUGGUUCCCAUCUACUACAAAGACAUUUGUGUUCCACCCCUCAUGUUUGAUAUUAAGAGAGCAAAAAUGACACCGUUGGGCCUUGUGGAUAUUGGGGAUGUUAUGAAUGACCCAAUGUCAGAAGAAGGCCUUCCUAGCAUUAUUCCCAUUGAACGUGCCUCAGGUAACUUCAUGUUUAUAAUGUCAGAAGCUGACAGGAAUUGGCAAAGUGCCUAUUACGCAAAACUAGCAUGCGACAGACUUAAAGCACACGGGAAGAAUAACUACGAGCUGGUGAGGUAUGAAAAAGCAGGUCACUUUAUUGAGGUUCCCUAUAUGCCGUUUUGUCUUGCUAAUUUUCAUGCUGCCGCUAACCAAGUGGUUUACUUUGGCGGCGAACCUAAGGCCCAUUCAGAGGCUCAGCUGGACACAUGGAAGAGGAUGGUGAAUUUUUUCAAAAAACACUUAGCUGCUGCUGAUGACAACUUCAAAUCUAUGCUGUAA